CGGGCGCGCCGGGACCAGCCCCGGCGCGGCGGCCGGCGAGGGCAGGGCCCGGGCGGGGGCGCUGUGAGGAGGGGCGGGGGACGCGGCGGCGAUCCCAGCCGGGGCCCGCGGCUCGGGAGGUGCGCUCGGCCGGACGGCGGGGCCCGCCCUCUUCGGCCUGGAAGUCGCCGCCCGGCGACAAAUGCCCCGCUGUCCCCGCUCUCCCGGGGGAGCGCGCUCACGGUGCUUCCUGACGCAGGGCCCUCCGUCCUCCCGCCGCUCCCGCGUCCCUAGCCUCCCCUGCCGGGCGGAGCGGCGCCGGGUGCCGGGCGGGAGGAGCGAGGCCUGCCCCGCCCCAGGGAGCUCCCGGGGCCGCAGCGCCCGACCCCCGCGGGGGCCGCCGCAGGAGCGCAGGGCUGCGGGGCGGGCAGCCGUACGUGGCACGCUUCCCGUUAUAGUGCGACCCAGAUUGUGAAGACUCCGAGGAAUAGGAGAGGCCGAGGGGAUCCGGCAGUGGAGUGCAAGGACCAGACACCCCCGCAAUGACCAGUUCCCCUGUCUCCAGAGUCGUCUACAACGGCAAGAGGAACAGUAGCCCCCGCUCUCCUCCCAAUAGCAGCGAGAUCUUCACCCCAGCCCACGAGGAGAAUGUGCGCUUCAUUUACGAAGCCUGGCAGGGCGUGGAGCGAGACCUGCGGAGCCAGAUGUCAGGCAGUGAGCGGGGCCUGGUGGAGGAGUACGUGGAGAAGGUCCCCAACCCCAGCCUGAAGACCUUCAAGCCCAUCGACCUGAGUGACCUGAAGCGCCGGAACACGCAGGACACCAAGAAGUCCUAAAGCGUGCCGUGCCCCUCCCCUGGCCUCUGGGAGAUUGGGGUGCAGCUUGAUGUUGGUCUCCUCCUCUCCUGUGGGCCCAGCUCCUGGGAGGGGGAGGGGGCGGUGCUCCCGGUGGGCCACAAACCCCAGGACCAGGCUGGGCAUGAUUGAUGGCCGAGGCCUGCCCCUUCUCCUCGAGCCCCCUCCUUUCCUCUCGAGGGAUCUCAAGCUGCCCCCUAUCAUUGGGAGGGUCUGGGCCCUGCCAGGCCUUGCCUGCCCCCAGGCCUAGCUGCAUCUUUGGAGCUGCCUGGCCCUGCCUGCCCCCCAGGGCCUUAACCCUGACUCUCCUCCCUUUCCCAUCACCUUCCACUGCCUCCGUCCCCCUACUCCUGGCCACUUCCAGGGUCAGGAUGGAGACAAGGGGGCCUCCCUUGUCUCCUGGGCUGGUGGGACUGGGCCGAGUUUGUCGUGAGAUGGCCAGGAGGCAGGACAAAGGUGGCCCCACCUGUAGCCAGUGUGGGUCCCCCACCAACUCCUGCUGCUUCUGUGGCUUGGACAUGUUGGGGAGCAUCUAACCCCAUACCCCCCACUGUCCAGCCUGGCCCUUUUCUUCCCUGCAUCAACUUCAGGAUGCCACCAGCUCUCAGGGCCUGGGACACUGCUGGGCGCCCCCUCAAAGGGGUCCUGGACAACCAGGCACGGCCCCCUGGUGUCUGCAGCCCUGUGGCCACAGUAGCCCCUUAGGCAGGGACAUGGAGCUAACCCUGAGCUGGUGAGACUGCCCGGUGGGCCCUGGCUCUGUGCAGUGUGCUGGGAGGGUCACCAGGGCCCCUUUUUCUUCCUGUGCCCUUCAAAAGCCAAGUGUCUGCGAUGGAGUCUGAGAACCAGUGAAUAAAGGCAGGUGGCACUGGA